AUGAGAAAAAAUAAAGGCCGAGUAUUAAGGAUGGACUCCCUAUUACAAAGGUUUGAAUUUGUCCGCGUGCUGGAUUCGAACCCGCAAACAAAAGUGGUUUCUUUACUGGGGCAUAUCGACUCCCAGCAUGCUAUUGUAACACUUGAGAAGACGCAUUUUAACACUGAUGAUGCCCGGUGUUCGUGUGCCGAUGCUGUGCAAGAGACCCGUGAAAUUGCAGCCAAUGAUAUCUAUCAUUGGGCUGUUGCGCUGUUGAAGCAGGAUAUUCAGACCAAUCCGGCUGCCAAGGUGAACGUCAUUUGGCCUGCUACACCUGUUCAUGUCCGCAAGUAUUCGCAGCAGGCUUUGCAUCUAGUGCGUGAAAGCCCGCAAUUGUACGAGCGCGUUGUCGCACCAUGGGUGAAAGAGCAGGCUACGCCAGAGAGAUUACGCUGGGUUCAUGACAUCUUGUACAACGGAGCCGAACAAGAGCGAGUGGUAUACCGUGAUUUUACGGGUGCAGAGCACGGCAAUGGCAAUGGCAAGAAUGAUGGAUUUUUGGUGUUGCCCGAUAUGAAAUGGGAUGGAGUUUCUUUGGAUGCCCUGUACUUGGUUGCGCUCGUGUAUCGUGACGAUGUGCGCUCGUUACGUGAUUUACGUCCCCAGCAUCGUGAGUGGCUCAUUGCAUUGAACAAUCGUAUUAGAGCUGUUGUUCCGGCUUGUUACAAUUACGCUUUGCACGCUGACGAAUUGCGUAUCUUUGUUCACUAUCCUCCAAGUUACUAUCAUUUCCACAUUCAUGUGGUGAACAUUAGACACCCUGGUUUGGGCGAUGGGAUUGCAGCCGGAAGAGCUGUGCUACUGGAAGAUGUGAUUGAGUCGUUGGGAUACUUGGGCGAGCUUGGGUUCAUGAAUCGUACGCUCACUUAUGUAAUGGGCGAAAAUCAUGAGCUUUGGUCGCGCGGUUUACAGGACGCGGUGGCCCAGCAGCUUGAAAAGGAUGGUAUACCAAAACGUCCGCCUGUCUUGAAUAGGGAGUCGAGUUAA